AUGUUUGCAUCUCAACUCCCGAGCGUUGAACUUCGAUCCAACGCCCAGCGACGACGACAACGACAACGACAACGACAACGACCAGCGCUUGUAGACGCAGUAUUCCAGAGUCCUUAUUUCAAGAUGAGUACGUUGCCCGGACUCCUUCACGCCGAUAGCCUGGAAAAACCAGCUCCUCGACCUCGAAGGGAACUUCCAGCUUUGGCAAGCGCCAUAACAAAACUCAUACUUUGUGCAGACGUUGCGGUCGUCGCUCUCUCCACAUCCAGAAGCACACAUGCUCGUCUUGCGGCUACCCGUCCGCUAAGACCCGGAAGUACAACUGGGGCGAGAAGGCGCUCCGACGAAGAACCACCGGUACUGGACGCAUGCGAUAUCUCAAAACUGUUGACCGCAGAUUCAAGAAUGGAUUCCAAACUGGCACUCCAAAGGGCGCUCGGGGGCCUGAGAAGCAUUAAGUUGCGGGUUGUUGAAGGAAGGGCUUCCAAUAAUAUUCCAGCCUAG